CCUCAAACUCUUCUUCAUCUAUCUAUUUAGCGUAGAGUUAUUCACUUCUCCCUCUCACUCUCACUCUCUCUCUUGGACAUUUUUUCUCUUCUGAAACAAUACCAACAAGAGCUCUAAUCUCAUGGGUUUCCCUGUGGGCUACACGGAGCUUCUCUUCCCGAAGCUUCUCCUCCAACUCCUCUCCCUCUUGGGCUUCCUCCGGAGGCUCAUUUGCACCGUUCUCCGUUUCAUGGGCCUCCACGAUUUCCUCGAGCCCGACAUUGCUUGGCCCGAAGUCCACACCGGAAUGCCAGAAUUCGAAUCCGUCUCCGCCACGUUUAUCCGGGAAAUCCUCCCCGUAGUGAAGUUCCGCGACCUCCUCGACCCACCCGAAACCUGCGCCGUCUGUCUCACGGAGUUCGAGAAAAACGAUGAGAUCAGACGGCUGGCCAACUGUCGACACAUAUUCCACCGAGGAUGUUUGGACCGUUGGAUGGGUUACGAUCAGAAAACGUGCCCUCUCUGCAGAACACCCUUCAUACCAGACGAUAUGCAAGGUACUUUCAUUGAAAGACUCUGGGCUGCGUCUGGGAUCUCUGAGCAGCCUCUUUUUCCUGCUUCCUAGCUUCAUCAAUGGUAUUUGAAAUAAUCUCGUUUUGGGGAAUGGAAAUUGAUGAAGAAGAAUCGAACAACAUGUUCUGUUUUUCAUUCUUUCUUCUUCGUUUUUAAUUUUUUGUGUAUGUGUAAAUAUACAGAGGCCAGAGGAAAGAUUGAGACUUUAAUUGUAUAUCAUUUACAUGAAUUUUGUAGAUUUCGGAUCUGAUUCAUGAUCUUCUAUUAUUAUGAAAAACUUCCCUUUAAAAUGUAAACUAAAGUAAAAGAAAACCAUUUUGCAGUUUAUUAAGGUUUAAUUUGGUUGUUUACAAAUACCAAUUUUGGAUGUAAAACUAUG